AAGGAGGACAUUAUGUCGAUGUUUUAUUGUGGAGAGGCAGUUUCUUUAUAAAAUCACAACGCAACAGCUCUUAGUCUCGUCCGAGGCUGUGAAGACAUCCGUAGAUGUCAGUUCGUUGAUGUGCUGACGCAGGGUAUGUAUCCCUGACGUGUUGCCUCUCAUGGCAAGCAAGAAGAUUGCAAAUGGCUUUUUGUAUCGUCUCCUGGCCUCCUCCCGGAAGGGCUUGUGCGACAACCAAGCCAGGUCGAUAUCUAGCACUUGCACAAGGAGCUUUCCUCCCCAGUUUGGAGGAUACCUGCGGACAGGUCAGGGUCCAAGCGAUGUGGACGAACCUCGCUUCUUGGUCACGGGUGCCUCAGGGCAAAUAGGUGUUGAGCUGAUUCCCCUUCUCAGGCAAAGGCACCCCGACUGCGUGAUUGCCUCAGAUGUGCGCAUGAACCGGGAGGUCACAGGCGCGGGGCCUUUCGUGUACUGUGACGUUCAGGACAAGGACAACCUCGCGCGCAUCAUCCUUGAGAAUGGCAUCAACACUGUGGUCCACCUAGCCACCCUGCUCUCAGCCAUUGGAGAGCGCAACCCACAGCUGGCGUUGAAAGUCAACACCCAAGGCAUCCAGAAUGUGCUGGAGCUGGCAGCGCAGCACAAUCUGCGCGUGUAUGCGCCGUCGACAAUAGCUGUGUUUGGGCCGACCACGCCGCGCGAAGACACACCGGACUGCACUGUGAAGGAGCCAACCACCAUGUACGGCAUCACCAAGGUGCACCAGGAGCUACUGGGGCAGUACUACAGCCGAAAAUACGGGGUGGACUUUCGUUCGCUGCGCUACCCCGGAGUCAUUUCCUCGGCGACCCUUCCCGGGGGCGGCACGACAGACUACGCGGUGGAAAUUUUCCAUGCUGCGCUGACCACUGGCAGCUACGCGUGCUUCCUGGGACCUGACACUGCGCUGCCCUUCCUGUACAUGCCCGACUGCCUGGCCGCCACCUACCAGCUCAUGAUGGCUGACAGCGCCUCCCUCUCCCAGACAACCUACAACGUGACAGCGAUGAGCUUCACGCCGGCGGAGCUGUGCGCGGCAAUCCAGCGGCGGCUGCCGGGAUUCACCGUCGACUACCGGCCCGACUUCCGCGACGCAAUCGCGCGCUCCUGGCCGCAGUCCGUAGAUGACUCACCGGCGCGCGCCGACUGGGGCUGGCGCCCCGCCUUCGACAUCGACGCAAUGACGGACCACAUGCUGACGGCGCUGGACGCGCAGCUGCGGGCAAAGAGGGAACGCGCAGCCAGCGGAAAACUCAGGCAGGCGACCGUAGAUCCUCUGCUGAGGCCCCCCAGCGUGCAUGCUGCAUGAGCGCCCAUGCUCGCACCUUUUAAGGCUUGGUUCUGGAGCUAGCUUGAUCAUGAGCCUCAUGAGCCUGCGGCUAGCUAGAUUGAGGCGUGGGGUGUUUACUUACUGCCCUUGGCCGCAGACCAGUUGGUCGGACUGUUGUCUGCGGCUCAAUGUACUUUGUACCAACAAGUUGUGUCUGUAGAGGCAGGGAUGCUGCCAAUCGGAUGAGAGUCUUCCCAGCACUGAGUUGUAGAUCUAUAUAGAGAACAGUAGCAUAGUGAAGCAUUACGUGACGCAACUGUGAUGGGAAUAGCAAAGGCACUGCUUGACAAGCGUUUGCCUCCCAAGAGUGCACCCUGUAUGGAUUAUUGUGGAUUUUGCAGAAUACUGCUAUUUUUGGCUUGUUCGAAUCCUGCCAUAUUACCGUGUUUGUAUAAUCAAAUCAGACAGAUAUUGCCCAUGUCAUGAUCAAGCAGAAAUUCUCAAAUGUAAAUCAGGGGUGAGGAGUCCUCGCUGAGGACGCAGCAUCAACCUUGAAUAGGAACUCAUUCCUCACACCCCCCGUGCAAGCCAUGAAGACUGCCAGGAAAUACAGUCUGUACUACUUAACAUAUCUUUCCAGUAGCACCAGAACCAUGUGCCCUCGUCACACACCCUACUAGAAGGAAUUGCAGUCAAAAUGAGUGCGUUCCAUUGCAUUGUCUCCACUACUAACAUCUAUCUAGGCAAGUAAUAUGCACUACAAGGCUACUGUCUGUCACUGCACAAUUUCCAAGCUCCGUCGGCGCUUUGAAGCAUAUUUGUCCUUGUGCUGCUGCCAGAGCGCCUUGAGCCCUGCAAUGUACCGCGCAUGGUACUCCUCCACCAGCUUCACUCCCUCCUCCGAUUUCAAAUCCCCUGUAAACUUGGGGACCGGGAUGGGAGCCCCGACGACGGCGGUGAGCGGCACGCGGUGCGGCAGCAUUCCCACGGGGAAGCCAAACAGGCCGCGGCCGUACACAAAGGGCAGCGUGAAGCCAGUGACCUUCUUCAGGCCGCGCUGGAAGCUGCGCGCCCAGCCCACCCUGCGCGUGUCCACCACUGUGACCACAUCAUUCUCGCCAAAGGUGUACACCGGCACCAGCGCCGCGCCAGUCUGCAGCGCGAUCUU